UCAGCCCCCCGCCCCCUACCGCCCUCCGCCUGCCUGGGCCGGGCCGAGGAUGCGGCGCAGCGCCUCGGCGGCCAAGCUAGCUCCCCUCCAGCCCGCUUGCUAACUUCCCCAGCUCCGUUCCUGUCCGCCAGCGGGGCCGCCAGUCUCCCCGCGCCCUCCAGGUCGGGUCCGCCGGGCGCUGCCGCCGUGUACCCCCUGCUGCCUGCCAGCGCGCCAGCGCUCCCCGCCCGCGCCCAGCGCCCCGCGCCCGCGCCCCGUCCUCGUGCGGUCAUGCUGCCCCUCUGCCUCGUGGCGGCCCUGCUGCUGGCCGCCGGGCCCGGGCCGAGCCUGGGCGACGAAGCCAUCCACUGCCCGCCCUGCUCCGAGGAGAAGCUGGCGCGCUGCCGCCCCCCCGUGGGCUGCGAGGAGCUGGUGCGGGAGCCCGGCUGCGGCUGUUGCGCCACUUGCGCCCUGGGCUUGGGGAUGCCCUGCGGGGUGUACACCCCCCGCUGCGGCUCGGGCCUGCGCUGUUAUCCGCCCCGGGGGGUGGAGAAGCCCCUGCACACGCUGAUGCACGGGCAAGGCGUGUGCAUGGAGCUGUCGGAGAUUGAGGCCAUCCAGGACAGCCUGCAGCCUUCUGACAAGGAUGAGGGUGACCACCCUAACAACAGCUUCAGCCCCUGCAGCGCCCAUGACCGUAGGUGUCUGCAGAAGCACUUUGCCAAAAUGCGAGACCGGAGCACCAGUGGGGGCAAGAUGAAAGUCAUCGGGGCACCCCGGGAGGAUGUCCGGCCUGUGCCGCAGGGCUCCUGCCAGAGCGAGCUGCACCGGGCUCUGGAGCGGCUGGCCGCCUCGCAGAGCCGCACCCAUGAGGACCUCUACAUCAUCCCUAUCCCCAACUGUGACCGCAACGGCAACUUCCAUCCCAAGCAGUGCCACCCGGCCCUGGAUGGGCAACGAGGCAAGUGCUGGUGCGUGGACCGGAAGACAGGGGUGAAGCUUCCAGGGGGCCUGGAGCCGAAGGGGGAGCUGGACUGCCACCAACUGGCUGACAGCUUCCGAGAGUGAGCCCUGCCAGCAAGCAGGGGGCUCAGUGUCCCCUGCCACCUCCAUACUCUGGAGGCUGCAGAGCUGACCUGGAGUGAAGUUUGGGUCUGAGUCCUGGCUCUGCCUCUGGCCCAGAAGUUUCCCUUGGGGUGUGUGUGUAUGUACAUGUGUGUGUGUGUUUAUGGGCAUGGGUGUGACCUUGUGGUGAACCUGGGGUGUCCUCUUUGGGCUUAGACAGCCCAAGAGGUCUGAGAAGGGCACUGCAGAGCUCUGGUGUGUUUCCACAUUGAUCCCAGAUUCAUUCAUUCAUUCAUCCAGCCAUCUAAAAACAUUUACCGACCACAUAGUAUGUGCCAACUCUACUUUUCAGCCUCGGGAGCUCUUGUUCUGACCUCCUCUGAUUUUGGCAUGUGGGGACACUCCUAUAAGGUGAGCUCAAGCCUGUGGGGGAAGAAAAGCUUCAUUCCCAGAGUCAGAGGAGAUGAGAGAACUUAUACCUUGGGCACUGCCUUCCCCUCAAUCUAGCCAGAGUGUGGUGGGAACCUAGGGAGGGGUGGGGUGGCAGAAGGCUCGAUGGUCGUGAGACCCAGGCGACUCCCAAAGCUGAGGCUUGCCAGGCACCCCUCCUUUUCUUCUCUGGGUCCCAUGGAAAUGGACCUUCAGAGACAAGUCCACCUUUGGGUCCGGUGUCAUGCCAUCUGCUUGGUUGCUUGGCAGCCCAGACCCUGCUGUGAGGGAGGGAAGAGGGGUCAGAGGAAGGUAGGAGAAGUGGGGCCUAUUUCUUUGAGCAGUCAGGGUGGGAAGAAAGAAUAAAGGAUUGGCUUGAGUGUGCCCCAUGGAGAAGAGGACCCACAUGCAGGGGGAUGAGGGGGUUUGCCUGGGCUCCUGUCCCCUACUCCAUUUAUGGUCACAGCUAUGAAGUCACCAGGAUGACCCCAUCCUCCCAGUGGCUCACAGCCUGUGGCUCUGCCUCCCUUCCCAUAUGUCCUUCCCCUACACCCCCCUCCCCACACCUUCCUACUCUCCUGGGCAUUUUCUGGCUUGACUGGAUGGAAGGAGACUUAAGGACCUACUGGUUGGCCAUGAUGUCAUUUCUUUUUUUUUUUUUAAACAAAAUAGAACAAAGCCAAAAAAUAUCCUGA